ACCACGCGGAUUUACGGUGUUUUGGUUAUUUUGAUAGAUUUCAAUAUAAACAAUUUAAUUAUUAAACAAAAAUAUGGGGAAGAAAGAUAAAAAUAAAAAGAAAGGUAAAGGUGCGGAAAAAACCGCGGUUAAAACCGAAAAGAAGAUGAGCUCAAAAUUAAAAAAAGAACUUGAAGCUAAAGGUGAGGAAGACAUAGAAACGAUUCUUGCACAACUUGAAAAAGAAGAAAAAGCACGAUUAAAAGUAACAGAAACUUUGGUUGAACCACCAUCGAGAAGGUUAAAUUUCAGUCUUGUUGCUCAUCCGUUAAAAGAGGAAUUAAUUUUAUUCGGUGGAGAAUUUUAUAAUGGCCAAAAAACUUUUCUUUAUAAUGAUCUUUAUUUUUACAACAUCCUAAACAAUACUUGGACUAUUUUAAAAGCACCCGGUGCCCCCCCACCAAGAUGUAGUCACCAAAUGGUGGUUAGUUCAGUAAAUAAGGGCCAAUUAUGGAUUUUUGGUGGUGAAUUUUCGAGUCCAACUCAAUCUCAAUUUUAUCACUAUCGAGACCUUUGGUUAUUUAAUUUAUCUGCUAAAACAUGGGAGAAAAUCCAAGCUCCAAAUGGGCCAAGUGCUCGAAGUGGUCACAGGAUGGUUUAUCAUAAAAAAAUGAUCUUUGUGUUUGGGGGGUUUCACGAUAAUUUAAGAGAUUAUAAAUACUUCAAUGAUCUAUUUUGUUUUAAUACUGAAACAUAUUCUUGGCAUAAAAUUGAAGCUCCAGGAAGUGUUCCAAAUCCAAGGUCAGGUUGUUGUUUUGUUCCAUUAAAUGAUGGAAAGCUUUUGGUUUAUGGAGGUUAUAGUAAAGAAAAAUUAAAAAAGGAUGUUGAUAAAGGACAUUUUUAUACGGAUUCUUUUUCAUUGGUGCAAGAUAAAAAUGAUCAAACUGGGUUAAAAUGGAAAUGGACCCAAACAAAACUUUCGGGGAUUUCACCUUCAUCAAGAUGUAGCAUGCCCAUAACGAUCGCACCAAAUGGAUAUGCGUAUUCUUUUGGGGGCGUUUUUGAUGUUGAGGAAGAUGAGGAAAUAUUACGCGGGAAAUUCUUCAAUGAUUUUUUUAGUUUAGAUUUAGAAAAAAAUAAUUGGAGAUUAAUUACUCUGCAAAAACGUAAGGAUAAAACUAAAUUAAAACAGGAAUCUUCUGAAGCAAUGGACGAAGAUGAUAAAAAAGAAGAUGAAGAAGAAAUUACAAAAAAAGAAACCACUACCAUAGCUGAUGAUGGUGUUUUUAAAGUUACAAUAGGCCCUGCAGCUUCAACUUCAAACACAACUCAGAUGGAGAGUGGAAAAGAUGAUGAUAUUUUUGUACCUUGUCCAAGAAUGAAUUGUGGUUUAGCUGUCAAACAUGGUAUUUUGUAUUUGUAUGGGGGAAUGUUUGAGGAUGGUGACCGUCAAGUUACUUUAUGUGAUUUCUAUUCUUUGGAUUUAAAAAAAUUGGAUGAAUGGAAAACGAUUAUUGGUGAUACAGAAACUCAGGAAUGGAUGGAUUCAGAUUCAGAAUCGGAUGAGGAUGAAAGUGAUGAUGAGGAAGGAGAUGAUAAAUCAGGCGAAGAAGAUAUGGAAACUGAUUAAAAAUCUUAUUUUAUUAAAUAAUAUUAAUAAAACAUUUUCUUAAUUUA